CCAUUUCCAAACCCAGACCGACGCACCACACCAUUUAAGCCAAAAUCGAAAAAAGCAAGCAGAGCCGGGAAGAGAGAAGAAGAAGUAUGCAGGGCUUACAGUCACUAUCUUCCCCCCUCACUACCACCCAAAACCCCAGACUUCAGCUUGCCCCCUCGCUCUCCUUUCAAUCUUCAACUAAACGCACCGCUUUCAACCCCAACAUCUGGAGCAAGAAGCUCUCCGUGAAGUGCCAGCAGUACUUCCAACAACAGAGGCUCGCCAUCGGGACCGCUCCGAGCAACUCCUUUUCUUCGCAACCUCCCGGAGGAGGUUCUACCACUGUUCCUGGUGGAACAAUGCCGCCUAGGUUUUUUGUGGGUCACUCAAUAUACAAAGGAAAAGCAGCUCUUACGGUAGAGCCCAGAGCUCCGGAGUUCACGUCUUUGGACUCAGGGGCAUUCAAACUAUCGAAGGAAGGUUUUGUGCUGCUUCAGUUCGCCCCUGCAGCGGGUGUUCGACAAUAUGAUUGGAACAGAAAGCAGGUAUUCUCUCUAUCAGUGACCGAAAUUGGAACUCUAGUUAGCCUUGAGAAAAAGGAUUCAUGUGAAUUUUUUCAUGAUCCUUUUAAGGGAAAAAGUGAGGAGGGAAAGGUCAGGAAGGUGUUGAAGGUGGAGCCUCUUCCUGACGGUUCUGGCCGCUUCUUUAACCUCAGUGUUCAGAACAAGCUUAUAAAUGUGGACGAAAGUAUUUAUAUUCCUGUCACCAGAGCAGAGUACACUGUCCUCGUCUCAGCUUUCAAUUUUAUCCUGCCGUACAUUUUAGGUUGGCACGCUUUUGCAAAUUCCAUAAAGCCAGAGGAUACCGUCCGUGUAAAUAAUGCUAAUUCUAGGUACGGGGGAGACUUUGAAUGGAGCAGAUAGUGAACAUUGCAGAGUCUCAUAAGACAUGGUGCAGAACUGUCUUUUAAUGUCUGAACUGGCUUGUUUUGUUUUGUUUUUUGUUUUUUGUUGUAAUCACUAAUCAUCCUCUAGGUAGUGAAUCACUUUGUUCCAUUGUUGGAAGGAGGAUUGAAAUGACUAUGAAUUAACAUUUUAAAUACAACUAUAUCAUGCAAAAUCAAUAGGCACAAAUUUUUGUAUCAUAAA